UGCCCCAUCAUUGGUAUUAGUGGGAGGAAUAGUGCCCCAUCAUUGGUGUCAGAGCUACGAAUCGUGCCCCAUCAUUGGUUAUCAGUGGGAGGAAUAGUGCCCCAUCUUUGGUGUCAGUGGGGGGAAUCGUGCCCCAUCAUUGGUAUCAGUGGCAGGAAU